UUGAAGUUGAAAUUUGAAGUUGAAAGUUCCAUACUUGUAGCUCAAGCUCCCUUUUCCCAGACCCCAUAAAACCCCAAAUCAAAUACACACCCAACAAUCCACUCUUGAACGAUCUCCCCCAAUUCUCAGCUAUGGGAUUCAGAUUUCGCAAUCUCAAUUCCAUACGCACAAAACUCGCUACUCUCUGCACUCCUAACCACUCUCACCCAAUCUCCCAAACCCUCAAUUCCCAUCUCCGUCAGAACCCAAUUUACUCAAUUCCCAGAAGAUGGCAUUUGGGCCAUUCCCACGGCCCAGAUGAGGAUUACGGCAAAGAAGGCGAGAAGAUCUUCAGGCUGGGUUUGGCUGCUGAUAUUGGUCUCGCUUCCGGAAAAGCUUUGACCGGUUACUUAUCCGGCAGCACUGCCAUAAUUGCCGACGCCGCCCAUUCUGUCUCCGACGUGGUUCUUAGCAGCAUUGCGUUAUUGUCUUUUAAAGUUGCCAAGGCUCCGAGAGACAAAGAACACCCAUAUGGACAUGGGAAAUUCGAGACUCUAGGAGCGCUUGGAAUCUCUUGUAUGCUGUUGGGGACUGCUGGUGGCAUUGGAUGGCAUGCUUUGGACAUUUUGAUGGGACUGUAUUCAGCAAAUCCAGAAGUAGUUAGUCAGUCAUUGAUAGAUCAUAACCAUCAGCAUAGUGGACAUCACCAUGGAGUUGACAUGGAGCACCCGUCUCUAGCUUUGAGCAUGAUGGUUCUCUCGAUUGCUGUCAAAGAAGGGCUGUACUGGAUCACUAAACGGGCAGGAGAA